CAAACAAACAAGGGAAUUCAUGAUCAUUCUUUUCCUUUCUCCUUUUGAUCAUUUCUGGAUUCAUUUCCCUUACCCAUGCUCGAACCAGACGCUACCAUAGCUAUUUAGCCAUCUCUAGAACUAAGAAUUUAAAAAAAUUGAGAAAAAAAAAAAACUUAAAUUUUGAUGAAAUUCCAAUUUUACCCUUGAGAUAUCCUUAUCACGAUUAGGAAUUCCCUGCGUAAAAGUGACACCCAACAAUAACAUCCCCAACAUUUCGCAGUUGCAAUCCCCAUGGCCAUCAGCGGGAUUCCAUCUCUCAAAGUAUUUGGACCCUCACCCUCACCCUCACCCUCACCCUCACCCUCACCCUCACACUCACACACUUUUUUUCCCACCAAAAUUUCUCUCUCCUCAAAUUGCUGGACAUCGCAUCUAUCGCAUUGUCAAACUCCGCCAAAUUCCAAUUUUCUACCACCAUUAUCACUGUCGUCUUCAAUGGCGUCCGCUGUCCGAGCAACCUCUUCUUCUGCCAUCGGAACAACAUCAUCUGUGGAAGUUGGUGAGAAUGAUUUGCUAAUUGUUGGACCUGGUGUUCUUGGCCGAUUAGUAGCUCAACAAUGGAGUCAGGACCAUCUGGGAUGUCAAGUAUAUGGGAAGACAGUGACUACAGAUCAUCAUGAUGAAUUGAUAAAAAUUGGAAUAACUCCUAUACUGAAGGGAACUAUGCUGCCCCGCCAGUUUCCGUAUGUUAUCUUCUGUGCUCCUCCAUCAAGGAGUUCAGAUUAUGCGGGGGAUGUUAGGGAAGCAGCAUCAAGCUGGAAUGGUGAAGGAUCGUUUGUUUUCACUUCAAGCACUGCACUAGUAGACUGUUCUGACAAUGGAAGUUGUGAUGAGCACACCCCUACUGUACCAAUGGGAAGGAGCCCUAGGACAGAAGUUCUUCUACAAGCAGAAAGUGUUGUUUUCGAUCAUGGUGGUUGUGCUGUACGACUGUCAGGACUCUAUAUAUCCUUUUUAGGUGCUCACACUUAUUGGUUAAAGCAAGGGAAGGUUGAACUUCGUCCAGAUCACUUUGUCAACCUUAUUCAUUAUGAAGAUGCAGCAUCGCUAGCAAUUGCAAUCAUGAAAAAGAAAUAUCGUGCGAGAGUUUUUUUGGGUUGUGAUAAUCAUCCUUUAUCAAGGCAAGAAAUAAUGGACUUGGUUAAUGGGAGCGGAAAAUUCAGCGGGAAGUUUGAGGGGUUUACAGGUACUAACGAUGCGCUUGGUAAAAGAUUGAACAAUUCUAAAACUCGUGCAGAAAUUGGUUGGGAACCAAAAUACUCGAGCUUUGCUGAAUUUCUUGAAGCUAUGGAAAUGUCAGAAAGAUGAUCACUUGAAUGUGCAGCAGCUUCUUUUUCCAUUUGAUCUCUAUAAACGGUUGAUUGGUUCCCUUCUCUUGUGGCAUUUCGUUUGGCUGAGAGCAUCUUGAGGGCCAUUUCAAUCUCUCUUAGUUGUUGAAGGGAGUAUUUUUUUUCUACGUAGAAUUUACACCGAUUGUAAGUGAUAUUUUCUGCGUAGACAAGAACUUGCUAUUAAAGUGCGCUUGAUUUUGGGGAAAAAUUAGUUGAGAAUGUAUAUGUUGUAUCCAUUUACACUUGUAUGAAACUAUAAGUAAAUGUACAACCACAAUCCCAGAAUACGAGAGGGACGUCACUCAAUCAGAUGGUGCUAACCAAGCUUCUCUAUUA